AUGGGCAUCUACAUCCCCGCCUCGAAGCGGGACCGCCUCCUCAAGUACCGGUACUCGUCCACCGACCUCUCCCUCACCUCGAAGUACAUCCUCAACCCGUUCUGGAACAAGCUCGUCCUCGCGUUCCCGCAAACGAUGGCGCCCAACGCCAUCACGCUCCUCGGCCUCUCCCUCAUUUUCGUCAACUUCCUCACCCUCCUGUACUACAACCCGACCCUGUCAGUCGGCUUCAAGCCCCUCCACGUGUCCAAGGGCGGCAUGUGGGACCCGCUCUUCCCGCCGACCGCGUCCGAGUCGUCGACCCUCCACUCGAUCUUCACCUGGCUCGGCGUGCGAGCGGGCGCCGAGAGCGCCGAGGCGGCCCCGAGGUGGCUCUACUGGACCUUCUCGGUCGGCCUGUUCGCGUACCAGAGCCUCGACGCCAUCGACGGCAAGCAGGCGCGGCGCACGGGCACGAGCGGUCCGCUCGGCGAGCUGUUCGACCACGGCUGCGACGCCCUCAACACGACCCUCGCGUGCCUCCUCACGGCGUCGGCGCUCAACCUCGGCCUGUCGUGGUGGACCGUCGCGUCGCUCGUCGCGACCAACAUGAACUUCUACCUCACGACGUGGGAAGAGUUCCACACGGGCACGCUCUUCCUCUCGGCCUUCUCGGGCCCGGUCGAGGGUAUCCUCCUCGUCGUCGGCGUGUUCGCCGUCACGGGCUUCAAGGGCCCCGAAUUCUGGGACACGGGUAUCCUCACCAUCUUCGGCAUCGACCCGCCGACAAACUCGGUCCUGUCGGCGCUCCCGUUCCACGUCAAGAACCUGCCCCUCAACGACUGCUUCCUCGUGUUCUCGACCGUCGGCCUCUUGUUCAACAUCGUCUCGGCGACGCACAACGUCUACCUGUCGCUCCCGGCCAAGUCGCGCACCCCGUCGUCGCUCGUCAAGCCCAUCACGCGCCUCACGCCUUGGCUCGUCCACACGGCCGCCAUGGUGUCGUGGCUCCACGCCCGCGAGGAGCUCCUCCUCCGCACGACCCUCUUCAUCCCCUUCACGCUCUUCUGGGGCAUCGCGUUCGCGCACCAUGUCCAGCUCCUCAUCCUCGCGCACCUCACCUCGUCGCCCUUCCCCGCCGCGUGGCAGCACCCUCUCCUCGUCCUGUCGGCCCUCGGCGCCCUCGACGCCCGCCUCGGCAUCGUCCAGACGUCGCACGAGCGCGUCAAGUACACGGUCCUCGCCUGCCUCGCGCUCGGCACGCUCGUGUACGGCCACUUUGUCGUCGAGGUCAUUGGCGACAUCUGCGAGUUCUACGACAUCAAGUGCGUCUCGCCGUUCCUCUCCCUCUCUCUAGGUCUCGCGCCCUGA